AAUUUGAAUUCAUUAAUGACCAACUCAAGACACAUACUCUAGAUAUUAACAGACAACCAGUUAACCUUUUUAAUUUUGAUAAAAAUGGCAAGCUUAUUCCUAUACCACAAUUACUCUAUUCUAGAGAGAUAGUUGCUACUAAGAUUAUUAGACAACUUG